AUGUCAUCUGGUCCAACUUCCGGUUCAUCAAUGGAUACAUCGGGACCAAAUUCACCGCCACCAAGAGCCGCCGGACAAAAUGGAGUUUCUCUUAGGGAUCUUUGUUGCUUAUUUUGCUGUCCUCCAUUUCCAUCAGCAAUUGUCUCAAAAUUAGCUUUUAUGCCGCCAGAAUCGAGCUAUACAAUAACUGAAAAUAACAAGUGAGCUUUAGAAUUCGAAGAUAUCUUUGAAAAAAAACUAAUUGCAGAUUACAAUUAAUCGAAGGCCGUGCUGCUUGGCCACAUGAAAAUCGAUAUUUAUCGGAAUGUGUGGAAACGACAUUGGUUAGGUAUGGUUUUUCAGGGGAGAAAUUGGGAUUUUUUGCUAGAAAUGUUCUGAAAAUUGAUGUGAAAAAGCUCAAAAGUAAAGGUUUUUCAUUUAAAAACCGUAAUUUUUGAAAUUCAGAUCAUUUUUUGGUUCAAAACUUGAAAAGUUUCGAAUGAUUUCAUCAAAUUUGGGCUAUUUUUGAGGAAGUUCUGAGUUAAAUUCUUAAUUUUACCCUAAGUCCCUUAAAAAACCCCCCAUUUUUUUUGCAGAACUCGACGUCGAAAUAAAAUAAGUUGUGCAAUGAUUCGACCAAUUCAAAACGCCAAAUUCACACUAUUAUUCUCACACGGAAAUGCAGUGGAUUUGGGACAAAUGUGCUCAUUUUUAUAUGGUUUGGGUUAUCAUUUAGGAUGUAAUGUGUUUAGCUAUGAUUAUUCGGGUAUGUUGGAAUUUUUUGGAUCAAAAUUAAUGAAUUUUGAUGGAAAUUACAUGAAAAUCAAUAUUUUCAACCUCAAAUUAUCGAUUUUUGCAGGUUACGGUUGCUCAACGGGAAAACCAUCGGAAAAGAAUUUGUAUGCGGAUAUUUCGACGGCUUUUGAAACGCUGAAAAAGGAUUUUAGUGAGUUUUUUGAGGGGAAAAGCUGAAAAUACCUGAAAAAUCAAGAAAUUUACUGAAUUUUGGUCAAAAAUCACUGAAAAAACCAAUUUUCCCACAAAUUAUGAACUUUUUUUGCAGAUGUUCCAGCAGAUCGUGUAAUUUUAUAUGGACAAUCAAUUGGAACAGUUCCAAGUGUUGAUUUGGCCAGCAGAGAACACGUGGCAGCUUUGAUUUUACAUUCACCAUUGAUGAGUGGAAUGAGAGUUGCAUUUCCUGGAACACAGACUACCUGGUGAGGUUUUGGGAUGGUUUUGAGGCGGAAAAUCUUUGAUAAUUCAAAUUUUUGGUUAUUUUUCCCUGUUAAACUGAAAAUCCAAUAAUUUCUGAUUUAGUUUCUAUGUUUAAAAUUCGAAAAUUAUCAGUUUUCUGGAUUAGAAAAUACUAGGUUUUUUCAAAUAUGUUGAGCAAAACUGAUAAUUUAUAUGAUUCAAAAUGAAAAAUUGAAUUUUACAGUGAAAAUUCAAGCGUUUUGAUGAUUUUCAGAGACAAAAUUUGAAAAAAUCUUAUUUUUUCUGGCUAAUAAUAUUUUGUAAUAAAAAACAUAUUUUUCCUAUGCAGAAAAACGUCGAAAAACAAAAUAUACAAUUUUUGAAUAGAGACAAUGUGAAAUUGAGAGAGUGCAGACAGUUUCUCGUAUUUUUUGUGCGAAAAAACUAAUUUUUCUGUCUGCACUCUCUCUAUUUUACAUUGUCUCUACUCAAAAAUAAUAUAUUUUUUUAUUAAAAGAUAUUAUUCUGCAUAAAACCUAGCCAAAAAAAAUAAGAUUUUUCAGAUUUUGUCUCGGAAAAUCAUCAAAACGCUUGAACUUUUACUGUAAAAUUCAAUUUUUCAUUUUUGAAUCAUAUAUUUAAAUUAUCAGUUUUGCUCAACAUAUUUUAAAAAAACCUAGUAUUUUCUAAAUCAGAAAAUGAAUAAUUUUUGAAACUAAAUCGGAAAUUAUCGAUUUUUCAUGAAAAUUACCCAAUUUUCCUAUUUCAUAGGUGUUGUGAUGCAUUUCCAUCAAUCGAAAAAGUGCCACGUGUCAAAUGUCCAACUCUAGUAAUUCAUGGAACCGACGACGAGGUUAUCGAUUUUUCGCACGGUGUUUCGAUUUAUGAACGAUGUCCCGCCUCGGUUGAACCGCUUUGGGUUCCAGGUAUGCUAAAAAACAUCCACGUGGCAAAUCGAAAAAUUCAAAAAAAUUUUCCAGGAGCCGGUCACAACGAUGUUGAACUCCACGCUGCCUACCUCGAAAGACUUCGAAAUUUCAUCGAACACGAAGCGACAGCCGUCCGAAUUGAUGCACCAAUUCGUGGCGAGACCGCAUCUUCUUGA